CCAGAGGAAGAAGAUAUUAGUUUCUCCGUGAUCUCUGUUGUUUUGUCUUGAUGCUGGUUUAAUACAAACUGUUAGAAAUGCACCUUCUGUAUAUAGAAAAAUACAGUUUUUGAGUCAGGUCAGUAAAUACCUGUAAUAUUCUCAUCCUCACAGUCCUGACUAAGUUUUGAAGCAAGCAGGAAUAUCUGGAGGAGUAUUAUCUGAACUGAGAUCUGCUGCUGUGAAGAUGGAGUUUGUUAAAGAGGAGAGUGAAGAGAACAUCAGUGAACUAGAAACCUGGAGAAUAAAACACGAGGAACCAGAACCCUUGAUAAUAAAACACGAGGAACCAGAACCCUUAAUAAUAAAACAGGAGGAACAGGGAGAGUUGGUUGAAAAAAACGAGGAAAGUGAAGAACUGAGUGAAGUUGAGGAGAAAAAUCAUGCUAAAACUGGAGAAAAACCUUUGAGUUGCUCUCAAACCAAACAGAAAGAUUUGAAGAAAAGAAGAGCCAAGAAAUCUUUCACCUGCACUCAGUGUGGAAAGAGUUUGACCAGCAAAUAUAAAUGUGAUGUUCACAUGAGAGUUCAUACUGGAGAGAAACUGUUCACAUGUGAUCAAUGUGGGAAGAGCUUCACUCAAUCAUCAACUCUUAAGGAUCACAUGAACAUCCACAAUGGAGAGAGACCGUACAAGUGUUCACACUGUGACAGGAGCUUCAGUCAGUCAGGAAUCCUGAAAACACACGAGAGGAUCCACACUGGAGAAAAACCGUAUACAUGUGAUCAGUGCAGGAAGAGUUUCACACAAAAAGAACACCUUAAGGGGCAUAUCAGAGUUCAUACUGGAGAAAAACCAUUCUCUUGUGAUCAGUGUGGGAAGCGCUUUGCACACUCAGCAAACCUUAAGGAUCACUUGAACAUUCACACUAGAGAGAAGCUGUACUCAUGUGAUCAAUGUGACAAAACAUUUUUGAGGGCAUCACACCUAAAGAAUCACCUGAGAGUUCAUUCAAAGGACAAACCACAUUCAUGUCAUUUGUGUGGACAGAAUUUUUCACGUCUACAUUAUUUUAAAGUACAUCAGAAAACACACACUGCUGUGAGAGAAGAGUACAUGUGCUUCGAAUGUGAAAAGACUUUUACUUCAGCUGAACAUUUGAAACGACACCAGAGGAUCCACACUGGAGGGAAACCUUACAAGUGUUCACACUGUGACAAGAGAUUCACUCGGUCAGGAACUCUGAAAACUCAUGAGAUGAUUCACACUGGAGAGAAACCGUAUCACUGCUCUGCAUGUGGGAAGUGUUUCAAUCGUUCAUCCUCUCUACACAGACAUACAAAAAGCAAUCACAGUAAGUAAAUCAUCUUCAGAUCAGCACUUUCAGCUCUGAUGCUGCGUCUUCACCAAAUGAGACACAAUAAUGCAUCAAGCAAUAAAAAAUAAUCUGGAUAAAUCUGUCCUAACCAGUCAUUACAAGCGACAUGACAAAGAAACAUUAUCUAAAUUUUCACAGUGAAUAAAGUUCAUCUUCAUCUUCAAAACCAGCAGAUUCUACUGAGAGAUUCAGAUUAACUCAGAGAUCAAGUUCCUCCCCAAAGAACAAUGUCAGAAAGUUUUAUUUUUGUAAAUUAUUUUGCUUCAUGAAAUAAAUAUCACUGUGAUUUCAUAUGAGUUUCAAAUUCAAUUGUAUUAUAAUGCAUAUGUGUCACUUGUAGUUUGCUUAUUCUUACAUGAAGGAAAGUAGAAGAUUUUUACAAACUGUUCUUGUUUAAGAAGCAGAAGAAGAGGCUGUAACAAAAAGACAAAUUGUUGAUUUGUUCUUAAUUUUUGUUUUUAUAAUGACUAGUUAUGUGUUUAAAAAAUGCAGAUUCAGAAUAAACUGUCGUGUAGCUUUGGAACUGAUCCUUCUGUGCUUCUCUUGUAAGUAUGAAUGAGUACCUGAAACCAGAAUUAAACGAGCCCUGGGGCUGAAUUACGAAAGACCGAAGUAUUGAUAAGUUCUGAUGUUAUCGGUUCUGUUAUCGCUACUGGAGAAAUUAAGGAAAUACACUUACAAUUUAUUAUUGCUACAUAAUUGUUAUCAAGCUAACUGUGUCUUGCCAACUAUUUUUAUAUGGGACUAUAAAGCGAUGUAUUAGAGAAAAUCUGAUGUGUCAUGAGGACUUUAUGGCUGCUGUGUGUGUGUGUCUGUUAAAUUCACAUGACUGUAGUAAGCCAUUAUUAUAAGUUUACACCACUAAUCUGUAAUAGAGAACCGGAUUGCUCAUGACAUCAUAAAAGUGAAGGCACUGCACUCCCAUAUUUCUAUUCCCCAGUAUUCCCAUACAUUCUAUUUAAUUAAUAGGCAAUUGUAUGAUUUUAAUGAGAAAGCAUCACCUAACAAGUCAGCGAUUUUAUAUCUGAAAUAUUCCUGUACAUUCCUACAACGCAAACAUCCUAUGCAUGUAAAUUUGGGUAUUUAUAUUAAUAUUGGGAAUUUCCCUUGUGAAUUAAAAAGUUAUGCAUCAUAUUCAUAACAGUAGCGAACAUCAGAUGACUAUCAGAUGGAUGAUAUCCUCAACGUAUUACACAUGACAAAGUGCACAUUAUGAUAUUUGCAUAUAUGUGGCACAUAUAUAUCUGAUUAAAGUUGUAUGCUUUGAAUUUGCAUAAACCUUAAUUCACCUUGUAAAUAAUAGAUUAUUCUUAAUAUUGUGUUAAUAGGGUUGAUGAAUGUGAUCAGAACGAGAACUACAGGAGUUAAAGCUGCAGUCACUCUAGACAUUGAUCAUGUUAAGUUUCACUGUAAAGUUGAGCAGGAAUGCAGGGAAAUUGGCUUGAGCUUGUGUUUCAGUGUGGCACAUUCACAUGCGUAUGUGGUGCCCACAGAAUAUAUAUACUCAAAUAUAAUAAUAUCUUAUUAUGUGUACUUAACAUUGGAAAAUGAUUCUUUUUUUAAGAUUAUUAUUAUUUACACUGCCUGAGCAGAAACUCUUAUUUUGAAACGGGAAGAUCACAUUUACGGACUGUCUCUGCAGCUGCUGCUCAUACAUACAGAGGAGCUGGCAGAGAAGAGACACUAUAGGGAUACCAGGGAAUGAAACAGCAGACAAAAUGGCUAAAGAUGCAAUUAAAAUGGAUAAUAUCAGUGUAGCAGUCACUUUAGGCAGGGCAGAAGGAAAGUCUUUGAUUAAGCACGUUGGUAGGAGUAAAUGGCAGAACUUCUGGAAUGCAUGUAAAAAAGGAGAUUUUUAUAGAAUACAAAGUAACAUAAAACAAGGUAAAAUGGGUCAUUAUAUAAAUAGGAAGAACUUUUUUUAUAUACACAAGAUUAAGAAUGGAUCAAACUAAUCUUAAUGCAACACUUCAUAUAAUUGGC